AUGAGGUCCUGUCAGCCCAGCUCUGCCGAUUCCAGCUCUGAAACGGAGUCUAAAAGUCCGGAGAAGUAUGAGAAUGUGACACGGCGGAGGACGGCAGCCAACGCCCGCGAGAGGAAGAGGAUGCAGGGCCUGAACACAGCAUUCGACCGCCUGCGCAAAGUCGUCCCUCAGUGGAGCCAGGACAAAAAACUCUCAAAGUACGAGACCCUGCAAAUGGCCCUGAGCUACAUAAUGGCCCUCAAUCGGAUUCUAAUAGAUGCCCGGAGGCACAGCGCCCCCCACUGUCAGUGGCUGGAUCUGCACAUUGGGAGUAUACAGCAAGACAGCUAUCCUUGUUAUUUUGGACAAAGCUCUCCAGCAAGCAAUGAGCACCUUCAUCCCUCUCCUUAUCAGUGUGACUGCUUCCACAUCACUAAUUAG